GGGCUGGCUUUCAGCAUAAACACUCUCGCUAGUAAGCUCAUGUGUCAGAACACACAGUGCAGAGAGGAGUGCCUACUAUAGAUGCAAGCCAUGGAAAGGAAAGUAUCCCUAGGUGAGGAUCUUACCCAUAUACUAAAGGAGUUCAAUGAUACCCUGGAAGACUUUUCGAAGGGUCCUUGUGAGUCUGAGGAGUUGUUGCAGCAACUAAAAGAGCAGCUGACAUCCUACAAAAGAGACCUCUGUGAUUCAAGUAUCGGUUCGUCAGAAGGGAGCAGUCUCAACACAAGUGAAGAAAACCUAAACCAAUCAAUGGCCAGUGCGAGACAGCAGACUAAUGCAAAACUUGGAGACACAAGGGAGCUGGAAAAUUACAUUGCCGAUCUGGAUAAAGUCCUUGAUGAUCUUUGAAAAGAGAAGUCAAAAGAGUCAUCAGAAAUGAAAGUAGCACUUCCUGUUUAUUGUCAGGCUCCGAGUAGCAAUUCCUCUUGUGCCGCUGCUGCUGAGUAUCUAUCUGUACAUCUACUUCAUACACAUCCCCUCUGUUUAAUAUGCUCCUGGCUUUCUGUGCAUUGAGCCACUGGCGGGUUUAUCAGCAAUACCAUUUCAUGGUUCUUUUUGUCCUUUAAACACAAUUAAAGCAAACACAAGCCCUGAAAAUGAAUGUAAAAUUUCUUAAGACUUUUGCAAUUUACAUUUUUUUAUUUUUUAAAAUAUCAGCAGUUUUAGACCAGAAGACUUUAGUAUUUGAUAAAAACAGCACCACCUAGUGUUCAUUUCAACUCAUGCUACUGUCAGCUGACAAAACCAAUGUCUUGUAAUAUUGCUCAGCAUAGAAUUGACCAGAGAAACGUCAGCUGACUCUUCCCUGCUCACUUUAUUUUCUAAGGAUAACAUCAUCACCAGAUGUUCCUUUUUUCCCUAGCUUGUUGUUUCCGACUGUGGCUAGUUGGCUGAAAUGAGCAUCAGGUGGCCCUGUUGUUACAAGUGGAUUACAUUAGUAGUUUAAAGGGCCCUGCGUUGGCCUAAAAAUCCAUAGUAAGUUGCAGGGUGCAAUGCUGUCAGAUGCAAGGGAACCUUAAACCUAAUACUUUAGUGGACACCCCAGCACCUUGCAUCCCCUGGAGCUCCUCAGCUCCCGAGUUCUGAAUGACACACAAGCUACGGGUGUCGGUGUGCAGACAGAGAGGCGCAACUCAUUGAGCUUCAUUCUGCUAAUUCAUUCAGAGAAGGUGCAAGUGUUAAAAAAAUGUCACUUUGUGCUUUUUGUAAAAAAGCCCCUUUAAUAUCUCUUAUCUAUUGUAGAACUUACUAGAGAAUGUGUGUAAUAAUCUUGCUAUUGUAUGGAUUGUAUAAUAAUAGUACUACAGAAAGAAUGUACAAUGUAUAUAUUUUUCUUUAAAUAAAAACUAAACUCUGGUUGUUGGGCUU